AUGAUUACUGUGGCCCACACCUACAAAUUCUCAGAUAACCAGAUUUCUCAACUUUCUGCAAGAAUGAAGGCUGGUCACAAAUGUCUGUUUUUCCAGCAUGUUUUGCUAUCUGUCAUCCUUUUGUGCCACGGGAAAGACGUUUUCUUCAACGACAACGAAAACCUCAUACUCCCUGGGUCCUACAAUAUCGCGUGGAUGGCAGGCGUGCAGGAUUACCGCACCCUGUCGCUCUUGACCAUCCCUGGUACCCACGACACCAUGGCCCGCCACGGAGGCCCAGAGGGCAAAUGCCAGGCUUGGACCCUGAACGAUCAGCUGAGGGCUGGCAUCCGUUUUUUGGAUCUCAAAGUGUUCGCUCUGUUUGACACCCUCUAUGUCAUGCACGGUGUGAUGUAUCAGCGCAGCACUUUCCAAGAGGUCCUGGACACAGUGAAAGCCUUUGUGUCCGAGUUCAAGACCGAGGCCGUGCUCAUUAGAGUGCAACCGGAGCCUUUAGAGAAAUCAACAGUCAACAACAAGGUGCGGAGUCUGAUUGGCAACGACCAACACGUCUGGGUGACCUCUGGGAUGCCCAACAUGGGUCAAGUCAGGGGGAAGAUUGUCUUUUUGCAGGAGAGCACCUUCACUCUAGGGAUCCCUCUGGUAGAGACAGAAGGUAAAAGCAAGGUUACCAACGUUAAAGAUAAAGACAACAGAAUAAUAAAACAGCUGAACCAAGCCAAUGAAGCCUGCGGAGGGGAUAAUGCUGUGAUGACGUACACCAGUGGCACUGGCUUCGGGACUUUCGGGGGAAUGUUCCUGACUCCAAAGCGAGUGGCUGAGAAAGUAAACCCAUGGCUUGAUCAGUACAUGAGGCAGUUUUACCCUAACAAUCCCAGACCAUGUUUUGGUAUCAUUGCCAUGGACUUCCCUGGCAUCGACCUCAUUCAAACUGUUAUUAAUGUCAACUGGGGCGGUGUGGAAUAG